AUGGAAGAACUUAAUGUGGCAAAUACAAUCUUUGCCCUCAAUUUCUUCAAGCAUCUGGCAAACACAAGCGCCAACACCCAGAAUAUUUUCUUCUGUCCCUGGAGCAUCUCCUCCACCGUGGCCAUGGUCUACCUGGGCGCCCGGGGCAAUACUGCAGACCAGAUAGCCCAAGUGCUUCAGUUUAACCAAGUUGGAGUCCACGAAGGCACCCCAGUGACCCCACAGAGCCUCACCAGUUGUGAUUUCAUGCAGCAGAUCCAGAGGGACACCUAUCCUGAUGCUAUUUUGCAGGCACAAGCUGCCGGGAAAAUCCAUUCAUCCUUCCGUUCUCUCAGCAACGCCAUCAACACGUCCACGGGGGAGUAUUUAUUGGAAAGUGCCAAUAAGCUGUUUGGAGAGAAGUCUGCAAGAUUCAAGGAAGAAUACAUGCAGCUUUCCAAGAAAUACUACUCUACAGAACCCCAGGCUGUGGACUUCCUAGAAUGUGCAGAAGACACCAGAGAAAACAUUAAUUCCUGGGUCAAGACCCAAACCAAAGGCAAAAUCCCAAACUUGCUACCUGAAGGUUCUGUUGAUGCAAACACCAAGAUGGUCCUGGUGAAUGCUGUCUACUUCAAAGGAAGGUGGAAGACUCCAUUUCAGAAGAAAUUAAAGGGACUUUAUCCUUUCCGUGUGAACUCAACUCAGCGCAAAUCAGUAGAGAUGAUGUUCCUGAAUGAAAAGCUAAACAUUGGAUACAUAGCAGACCUGAAGGUCCAGAUUCUAGAACUCCCAUAUGUUGGAAAUGUCAGUAUGUUCCUGCUUCUUCCAGAUGAAAUUGCUGAAUCCUCUACGGGCUUGGAGUUGCUGGAAAGUGAACUCACCUAUGACAAACUCAACAAGUGGCUCAGCGAAGACACCAUGGCUGAGGAUGACGUGGUGGUGUACAUCCCCGAGUUCAAAUUAGAAGAGCGUUAUGAACUCAAGACCAUUCUCACAAGCAUGGGCAUGGGCGAUGCCUUCAGCCGGGGCCAAGCCAAUUUCUCAGGCAUGUCAGGAAAGAAUGACCUGUUUCUGUCCGAAGUGUUCCAUCAAGCUUCUGUGGAAGUGAACAAAGAGGGCACUGAGGCUUCUGCCGGCACUGGGGCCAUCAUGACAGGGAGAACAGGUCACGGAGGCCCACAGUUCGUGGCAGACCAUCCUUUCCUCUUCCUUAUCAUGCACAAGAUAACCAAGAGCAUCCUCUUUUUGGGCAGAUUUGCCUCACCCUAA